AUGUUGAACAUUUUGUUGUCGGCGGCAGAUUUCGCUGGCCAGCAGCUGACGGUCUUGAAGGAUGACGUCCUUGUGGAGAACUACAUUUUCACAUCCUACACAGAUGAAGACGGACAGUGGAUCACGGUCAAAGAUAACGGAGAUGUCAUCGACCUCACCGUCUGGACAAGUGGCAUGGUGGCUGGCAUGUUCUGGUACCAGUACGAAGCUACGGGGCAAAACAUAUGGCGGACCUAUGCGGAGGACAUGCAGGAAGGCCUGGAGGGAGUCGAGCUCCUGGACGACAACGACCUAGGAUUUCAAACGCUCAACUCGUUUGGACUGGGGUACAGGCUCGUCGGCACAAGCUCAUUCAAGGACAUAACCUUAUCUGGAGCACAGUCCCUGUAUGACUACCGCUACGUGAGCAAUAUUCCAGCGUUCUGGUCGUGGGCAAACCCGAAGAGUGAGCCACAGUGGGAGCGGGCCGUCAACGUGGACAUGAUCAUGAACAUGGAGAUCAUGCUCUGGGCCGCCGUCAAUGACGGAGACGCCGAGUACUCCGAUGCCGCAGAAAACCACGCCGACACCACGUGGGCAGACCUUGUAAGGGAUGACUACAGCACGUUCCAUGUGGCGGACUACAACAAAUCGACGGGGGAGCUAGUAGACAAAGGCACGUACCAGGGGUGGCAAGACGACUCUACUUGGUCCAGGGGGCAGGCAUGGGCCAUCUACGGCUUCAUCAUGGUACACCGCUAUCUCCAGAAGCCGAGGUUCCUGGACUAUGGCAUCAACACCCUCAGCUACUUCGUCGACAACCUUCCCGACGACAACGUGCCCUACGCCGACUUCGACGCUCCCGUGGACUCGGACAACCCCAAGGAUUCGUCAGCCACGGCUAUCGUGACCUCCGCCCUCUUCGAACUCUUCGAACAAACCGGAGAACCGAGCUACCUCGAGAAGGGCCAGGAGUUCUUGUCUUCGCUACUGUUAUCGCCCAACUACUUCGACUCCUCGGCAACCGACGGGUGGCAAGCAAUCCUCAGAAACUCGGCGGCAGCAUGGGGUGAUGCGGCGGUGGGCUCCGUCACCGCGGACUACUUUCUCCUGGAAUCGAUGGUCCGGUACCAGACCAUGUCCCCUUCCAUCAUUCUGCGGAACGAGACGGAGGUCAGUAUCACCGACACCCAGCCAUCGGUCGAAUUCUCCGGAACCGCUCUCGACAACGACGUUGACCUCUCCGGGCUAUCGGCAGACUCUCCCGUCAUCACUUGGCUCGGGGUGACGCUGACCGACGCCGGAUACGUUCCGGAAUCGCUGACACUCGGGAGCGGUUCGGCGUCCGUGACGGUGGACAUUGAACAGCCCGACGGGGGCUGGAACACGGGGUCAAACGGGGUUUCCUUCUCCGUGGCGGCAGGAACGUUCUCGGGGCUGUCCACCGUAGACAGCGUAACGCUCUCCUUCGGCCAGGUUUCGGCGGUAACCACGGCGGCGACCGUCGACUACCUCGUACUUGGACACCAACUGAACACAUCGCUCGAGACUGGUGACGCUGGAGUUGUUGAGGCCUUCGAUUCUGCGAGCGUCACGACGUGCAGCAACGGCGUCCAAGGCAUCGACGGUAACGGUAUCGUGUGCUGUCCGAUGGAAUGUAACCAGUGCGGAGGAUCCGGCUGCACCCAUGCCGGCCGUGCGGCCGGUCUUGGCGCUGAGUCUUGCUGCGGGUCAGGGGUCAAGGCUAGCGGCAGGUACUGCGAUGACACCGACGAAGCCCCGUGCAUCAUCGGCAGCUCUCCCGAAUAGAUCGCGGCAUGUGCUACAACCCUCGGUAAUGUCAGAAAGUGGUGAACGACAUGCGACAGAGCACCUACCUCUGAUCCGGCGCUUUCGCUGCCCGAAGCGUGGCACAACACGACGAACCUUGACGAUCAACACGAGGGUGGAGCUGUGUCGGCAGUGAUUCGGUCGCUUUGGGAACAUACCAACCCCCACCAUCUCGGGAACAUCCCCGGUUCUUCGGCGGUGGGUUCGUCACGACGCAACAUAGUUGUUACCUUUGGUCUUUGGUCUAGGUGAAACGGUUGUUGGCAAAUGGCAACCCUCGUGAGCGCAGGCGGCCAAUAAUGACUGUGUAGUUUUUAGCGUUGUGUGCAUGUGUCAAUUUCAAGCCAAUCCUGGUUGUAUGCGAAGCUCCGAUAAUGUUCGAAUGUAGUGUACGUGAGCGCCACGCCUCGCGAGAAAGAAUGUUCGGCCGUCCGAUGCAACAGAUUCUACGCAAAUUGACUGAAUCGACGGUAGGUACGACAAGAGCGAGAUGUUCUCGAAGUUCGUCGAGUUUUCCAUCUGGGGGCCUUGUUGGAUGUUUAUGUCUACUCGAUUUUUGUUUAUGCAUGGAUGGGUACGUGCAACGUGAUAUACAUGCGCUUGCGGUUGGUGCAGACUGUUAAAAGUGAAGAUUCAUGCAUUCUUGGAGUAGCAUGUACUGGGUUCCAAAGUAUUUCCUGUCCCCGGUGCGAGUAUUUUGAGCAACUCCUCCCAUGCGGGAGUUCUAUGUUCAUUCCUGUGGCAAACGAGUACAACUGACCAAACCGUAGAAACUCAAUUUGCAGGAAACGGAAUUCUUUUUCAUAUUGUUG